AUGGAAAGUCACAAAUAUACAGACAAGUUAAAAUCAGGAGAUUGGAUUUGCACAGAUGAAAACUGUCGAAAUAUUAAUUUUUCGAAAAGAACUCACUGUAACCGAUGCAGUAAACCUAGACCAAAGAGCACUAUAAAAAAAAAUUUUAAGCAGAUAUUUUUUAAAUCAAAUGAUUGGAAGUGUGAUGAUUGUGGUAAUAUAAAUUGGGCAAAGAGAGAAAAAUGUAAUAUAUGUAGUAAAAGUAGAUACAGCAAAAAAUUAAAUGAGUUUAAAAGCAAUAAAGAAAUAAGAACAGGAAAGGGAGGAGGGCAUUAUGAUAUUCAAUGGAAUAAUGAAAAAAGAGUUCAUGACUCAGAAGAUGAAGAAUAUGAUGAAUUUGGAAGAAAAAAAAAAAAGAAGAAAAAAAAUGAUAAUGAAGAAGAAAAAUCAAAAGGAAACUUUGAAAAUAAUGAUAUAAAUAACAGUAACAAGAAUAAUAAUAAUAAAGAUAUGUCAUAUAAAAAUAAUAUUUGCAAAGAUAAAAAUUAUGAAAACUCAAGAUCAAGAAGUAUGUUAUCAGACAAUUAUAAAAAAGAUAAAAGAAGUAAUAUAUACGAUGAAGAUAAGGGAUAUAAAAAAAGUAAUGGAGAUCAUAAAAAAUAUUAUGAUAGAAAAGGUGAUUAUGAUAAGAAAUAUAAUGAUAGAAAAAGUGAUUACAAUAAAAAGCAUAAUGAUAUAAAAUAUAAACAUGAUAAUACAGGAAGUGAUUAUAAGAAAUAUGAUGAUAAAAAAUAUGAUUAUGACAAAAGAUAUGACGAUAAAAAAAAACAUAGAAGAGAUUAA